GUUACCUCACCUACUACCUAAACUAACAGCUAACAGCGGUACCUAUCCCGCAACAGCUCUCUAGCCGGGUGCCAUCACCACUCACCCCAUCCCCCUUGUUCUUUCAUAUCUUCUGAGACUUGGAAAUAAAAUUGCAAAUAUCAGCUAUCCUUGACUCAAACGCACAUAUUCAUAUAUCAUCGAAAUCCUGUUCUGAUUGACGUCUCGCCGUGGCCGUACCAAGGAGCGUCAUUCCUGGCUAUCCAUCAUGGCGCUCGACAACUAUUAUCGCAAUAAAAUCGAGAGCAUGAAGCUCGAGAUAAUCCAGGGACAGGCUGUCUUACGAAGACUGGAAGCACAGCGCAACGACUAUAAUUCGAGGGUGCGUUUACUUCGAGAGGAACUCGGCCUGCUUCAACAGCCUGGUUCUUAUGUCGGGGAGGUAGUCAAAGUGAUGAGUACCAAAAAGGUUCUUGUCAAAGUGCAUCCCGAAGGAAAAUACGUGGUGGAUAUUGCGGAUGGCGUUGAUAUCAGCAAGCUUACUGUGGGAAAGCGGGUCGCUCUACUUUCCGAUUCCUAUAAGCUGGAAAAGAUGCUACCCUCGUCGGUUGACCCGCUGGUGUCGCUAAUGAUGGUAGAAAAAGUACCAGACAGCACGUAUGACAUGAUUGGGGGGCUGGACCAGCAGAUUAAGGAAAUCAAGGAAGUCAUUGAGCUCGGCUUAAAACAUCCAGAGUUAUUUGAGUCGCUCGGUAUUGCACAGCCGAAAGGUGUUCUUCUUUAUGGGCCGCCAGGAACCGGCAAAACUCUGCUUGCCCGAGCAGUGGCCCAUCAUACUGACUGCCGGUUUAUCAGAGUGAGCGGAUCCGAACUUGUACAGAAAUACAUCGGUGAAGGAAGUCGCAUGGUCCGUGAACUAUUCGUUAUGGCUCGAGAGCACGCUCCCAGUAUCAUAUUCAUGGAUGAGAUCGACAGUAUCGGAUCUAGCCGCAUAGACUCGGCAGGUUCGGGUGAUUCAGAGGUGCAGCGGACGAUGCUGGAGCUGCUUAAUCAAUUGGAUGGGUUUGAGCCCACCAAGAACAUCAAGAUCAUCAUGGCUACCAACCGGCUCGACAUCCUGGAUCCGGCUUUGUUGCGCCCUGGUCGGAUUGACCGGAAGAUUGAAUUCCCUCCGCCCUCGGUGGAAGCUCGUGCGGAUAUUCUGCGAAUCCACUCGCGGUCAAUGAACUUGACACGAGGCAUUAACCUAACAAAGAUUGCAGAGAAGAUGAACGGGUGUUCGGGAGCCGAGUUGAAGGGUGUUUGUACGGAAGCAGGCAUGUACGCUCUCCGAGAACGGCGAGUGCAUGUUACUCAAGAGGAUUUCGAUCUGGCCACCGCCAAGAUUCUCAACAAGCACGACGACAAGGAAGUCGCCGUUUCCAAGCUUUUCAAGUAAAGGCGGGGUGUUUGUGAAUUUUAAUGGCCUCCUACAGCAAGAACUAUGGUAUAAGAAUCAACGCUCUUUGAUGACCGCCCCGCCGGCAUCAUUACAUGCAUGUGCGAUUGUGCGCUCCGCACGUGUACCUGAUUACUGUCAGUGACGUCAAAUUCCAAACUUUUAGCUGCCUCGUAGUUGGAUAUCUGCUGGCAGCCAGGAAUAUAAAGAAGUGAACCUCCUGCGCAGGAUUUUCGCACAGUGUCUCCCUAUUUGCACACUCUCAUUGCUUGAUAGAAAUCCAGUCUGGUUAGCGAGAAUAGCAUAAAAG